AUGAAAGCAGGACGCUUGUCUGUUCAAUCACCAUGCCGUGAUGCAACAGUUAAGGUGGUUGGCCCGCCAGUAUACGCCUUUUACUCUGGAAUCUUCAAGUUCUACAAGGCCUUACCUCGAGAUGCUGUUACGUGCCUUUGGGGCGUUGGACAGUGCUUCUUCGGUGGCCACUACACGGCCUUUUUUGCCGCCGCAGAAUCCUUCAAGACUGCUGGUGGUGACCAAAUGUUAACGAGUCUUCAGGAUCUCCAGGUGGCUGCGCUAGCGGUUCUUCAUGCCAACGCUGAUAUGGAGAAGGAUCUUGGGAAACCGACAUCAGCAUGGGAGAAGGUGCAGUUGAUUCUGUGCACGGUGGAUCCUCAGCGCAUAUCAGACGCAGUCAGCAGUCUAUGGACCGGCUACAUGGGAUUGGUCCUUGCCCUGAAGUAUAAGUUUGCAAGGACUGUCGCCUUUGCGCAUUCAAUAGGCGCAAAUCCCUUUUAG